AUGGCAGACCAGCAGAAAUACAGUGGCAAACUUCGCGACGCGCAUGUCCUCAUUAUUGGCGGCUCUUCCGGUCUCGGUCUCGGCAUCGCUGAAGCCUGCCUCGAGCAUGGCGCGAGAGUGACAAUCUCAUCCUCUCAAUCGGCGAGGGUGCAAGAUGCUGUCGCAAAACUGCAGAAUGCGUACCCGUCCGCUGCAUCGAAAGUUGCAGGUGAGACUUGCGAUCUUGGAGAUGAAUCCACGAUCGAAAAGGAGGUGAAGAGACUGUUUGAAAAUGCUGGGAAGGUCGACCACGUCGUUUAUACGGCGGGAGAUAAGUUAGCGGUAAUGCCGUUGGGUGAGAUUACGAUUGAAAAGGCGAAGCAAGCUGGCAUGGUCCGCUUCUUCGGUCCGCUCAUCGUCGCUCGCCAUGCUAGCGAACACCUCACUCCCGGACCUCGCAGUUCCUUCACCUUGACGAACAGCUCCCUCUCUGAGAAGCCUAUGCUCAAUUGGACUGUCGUUGCCGCUUUUGGUGGCGGCAUCAGCAGCAUGACGCGAAACCUGGCGCUCGACAUGGCACCUAUCAGGGUUAAUACCGUGAGCCCUGCAGCAGUAGAUACUGAGUUGUGGUCAGACAUCCCUGAGGAUCAGAAGAACGGAUGGUUUGAACAGUUGGCCAGCGCAACGACUACGGGGAGGGUAGGACAAGUAGGGGAUGUAGUUGAGGCGUAUCUGUAUGCGAUGAAGGAUACAAAUUUGAGUGGCAGUAUUUUGAGUACCAACGGAGGGUUUUUGUUACGGUAA